AUGAGGAAUAACUUAAACAGGAUACUUCUGUCCAGUACCUCCUGGACCUCCUACUUGCCGAGUGGCAAGUACCACCGACCACUCCAUCGACGUGGAGUGGGACCCCCUGCCGAUAACGGCGGUGGAGAGAUUAUGGGAUACCAAGUGGACAAGGCCAUGGUUGGUUCUAAGGACUGGUCCAGGUCCACAGAGCGCCUGUGGAAAUCCCGGGCCUUGACUGUGUUUGGAGUCCGUGAGGGCGCCAAAUACCAGGUCAAGGUCAUCGCCUGCAACGCCGCUGGAGAGGGAGCACCAGGUUUCACAGAGUCCGUGUUUGUCAGGAACCCUGCAGAGAAGCCGGUGAUUGAAAUGGAACUGGCCAUCAAGGCUGGCGUGUUUAUCAGGGCCGGAGAGAACCUCCGUCUACCUGCUACAGUCACUGGUAAACCUUACCCGUCCAUCGAAUGGACCAUCGAAGACUCCAAACCCGACAAAGACCGCGUGGAGAUCCUCACUGAAGGAAACGACAGCAUCGUUUCAAUCAAGAACGUCCAGAGGAAGGACAGCGGCAAAUACCACAUCUCCGCUUGCAACCCCAGCGGCAUCAAGAAUGCUUCGACCAGAGUGGAGGUCAUGGAUGUCCCCGGACCCGUCACCGACCUGAAGCCCGUUGUAGUCACUCGCAAGAUGAUCUUCCUGAACUGGGACGACCCAGACGACGACGGAGGCAGCGACCUGAUUGGCUUCAUCGUGGAGAGAAGAGACAUCAAGAUGCACACAUGGAGGCAGCCCGUUGAAACCCCCUCGUCUAAGUGCGAGUGCGUGGGCAUCAUGGAGGGACAGGAGUACAUGUUCCGCGUCAUCGCCAAGAACAAGUUCGGCCUGGGACCGCCCGUAGAGCUGGGACCCAUCAAGGCUGUUGACCCACAGGGUCCACCUUCGUACCCUGAGAAGUUCCACUACACCGAGCGCACCAAGAACUCAGUCACAUUUACCUGGAAACCACCUCGUAAUGAUGGCGGCAGCCCAGUCAUUGGCUACUUCAUUGAGAAGAAGAGGCAGGACGAGCCAGCCUUUGUUCUCCACAAUAAAGAGAUUUGCCCCAGCAUGACCAUGACUGUGGAGGGCCUGGAAGAGGAUUGGCCUUAUGAGUUCAGGAUCAAGUGUGCCAACCUAAUGGGAGAGAGCGAGCCAUCCAUUCCUUUGAAUGUGGUCAUCCAAGACGAUGAAGUGCCUCCUGAGGUCCACAUGCUGAAGCACUUCAAGGGAGACUCCAUCAUCGUGAAGAAGGGCGAGCCCAUCGAGAUACCCGCUAAUAUCAUUGGUCUCCCCAUCCCUACUAUCGAGUGGACCAAGGAUGACGUGCUGAUCGCUGAAUCCACUGAGGCUCAGGUGAUAGAGACAGAGGUCACUGGCAGACUCAACGCCAGGACCAAGCUGUCCAUCCCAGCAGCCAACAGGAGGGACCGCGGCUGCUUCACUGUGACCGCCUCAAACAACAUGGGGUCAGCCCAUCACACCAUCUCCGUCAUGGUGCUGGACCGACCAGUUCCACCCAGGAAUUUAACAGUGUCCAACAUCAGGGCCGAGUCCUGCUACUUGCACUGGGACGCACCCCUGGAUAAUGGUGGCAGCGAGCUGACCAACUACAUUAUUGAGAAGAAAGACGUGAUGACUGAUCAACCAGAGCUGGAAGAGGGACAGGAAGCACCACCUGAGGCCCAGUGGGUGGAGGUUAACAGCAGCGUCAUCGACAGGAAGUUUGGGGUGUGGAACCUGGAGACCAACAAGUCAUACUUGUUCCGGGUCAAAGCCCAGAAUCGUUACGGUAUUUCUGACCCCUGCACAACAGAGGAAGUCAUGAUCAGCGACCCAUUCGGCCUCCCUGGCCCUCCAGAGAAACCAACCAUUGCAGAAUACUCCAAGACUACAAUGACCCUCUCAUGGGAGCCUCCCAGAGACACCGGUGGCUCCAUGAUUGUCGGCUACUGGCUGGAGAAAAGAGAGAAAAGCUCUGACUACUGGGCCAAAGUCAACAAGAUGCCCGUCACCAAGAGGGGCAUGAAAGGCUGGGAGUACCAGGUGGUUCGUCUGAUCGAAGGAACAGAGUACGAGUUCAGGGUUGCUGCCAGCAAUUCUGCAGGAACUGGACCAUUCAGCACACCGUCCGACUCUGCCUUUGCUGUCGAUCCAAUCACUCCUCCAAGCAUGCCUGCUGCACCUGAAGUCGUUGAUAAGACGAAGCACAGUGUCACACUUGCCUGGACGCCACCAGAGAAGGAUGGAGGAAGUCCCAUCAAGGGCUACAUCAUCGAGAUCCAGGAUGAGGGAUCCUCCGGAUGGCAGAGGGUCAAUGACGUGGACUCACUGGUCCCGACCACCGAGUUCACCAUGCCCAGCCUCCGCGAGCUGAAACGCUACUUCUUCAGGGUCAUUGCUGUCAACGACAUUGGCGAGUCCGACCCCAGCCCCCGCUCCGCCGAGGUUCUGGUUCAAGACGUCCAGCUGAUUCCUGCCAUCAACAUCGACAUGAUGGUGGAUGACCUGCUGUACGUCCGUGCUGGAGAUGCAUUCAAGAUCCCCGCAACCAUUAAGGGCCGCCCUGCUCCCAAGGUCACCUGGGAGUUCACCGGCAAAGCCAAGUCCCACAAGAAGAACAAACUGCACACGCUGCCUGUCGACUCCGAGGUUGAGUCAACAGACACCACAUCCAUUGUGACCGUCCCCGUCAGUCUGAGGACACACUCUGGACGUUACACCAUCACCGCCAAGAACAAGUCUGGACAGAAACACGUCAACGUCAGGGUCAAUGUGCUCGACGUCCCCGGAGCUCCUAAGGACCUGAGGGUUACCGACAUCACCCGGUCCACCAUGAGGCUGAUCUGGAAACUGCCCGACAGCGAUGGAGGAGAGAGGAUCAAGAGCUACUUCAUCGAGAAGAAGUCUACCAACGACAAGGCCUGGACCAAGGUGAACACCGCCUGUGCCAGCCAGGCCUUCGUGGUCCCGGGGCUGCUGGAGGGGCAGGACUACCUGUUCAGGGUCUGCGCCGAGAACAGACUGGGCUUCGGCCCGUUCACCAUCACCGCCGAACCCGCGCGGGCCAGUGACCCCAUCU